AUGUUCCCGACAACGUUCGGCGUCUUGUUCCUGUGCCUUCGUACUUGGUUUUCUUUUCCCGGCCAGAGAUGGCGCGAAAGCCUUGACGGCGGUCAGCCAAGCGACCAAGCAGAGAUUCAAGGGCGGCAGAGCGAGGCCGAGACCCUCUGUUCUAGCAGCGGACGCCACCAACCAUGCCAAGGCUGCUUGGCGAAAGCGGCCGAGCUGAGGGAUGUGAUGGCGUCCCUCGAGCUCGUCCAGGUACGAUCGCGCGCCGCGGUGGACCGCUGCAACGAGCAGCAAGCCGACCUGGAGCGCCGGCGGGACCACACUGGGCAGCUGGAGAGAUCUCUGGAGGAGGCCAAGGCCGAAGUCGGUCGCAUCCAGACGAUACCCCUGAGUGGAGCGUUGCAUUUCUUCUGCGCGGAACGUCGGCAUGACAGGACUACUAUCCGUUGUGUGUGCGCGCAUUCUACUGAAGCCGUCCUCGCGCGAUUGUUCUAUCGCCAGGCAUCGAUGCAGCAGCUCGAGAGGGAAAACCUCUCCCUGCGCGCUCAGUUGGCGGAGAGGGCAAGCUCUUCUGUUGCAGCGGGAAUGCUACACAACCUGGCGGUCGCCGCCGCCACCGCCACCGCCACCGCCGAGGGGGGAGGACUGGGUACCGAGCAGGGCGUGGCGGACGCACGCCCAGUGGGCGACGACUUGGGAACCUCGUUCGUCCGACGUCAGCUGGAAGAUGCAUGCGCGAAGGCGGUGUUUGCCCAACACGCGUUGGAUCCGGGACGCGGGUUGCUCCAGAUGGACGACGAGCUCGGGGCUGGUGGGCAUGGCACCGUGCGCAAGGCCGUGGACCCGACCACGGGGAAGACAUACGCGGUCAAGACCGCCAACGACGAGGAAGGCAUGGCCUGCCUGAAGGAAGAAGCCAAGAACCUCACCCGGCUCGGACCUCACGAAGGCGUCGUGGAGGUCAAGGCCGUCCUCGACAAGGACGAGUCCGUGUCCAUCGCGAUGGAGCUUGGUCAGACCGACCUGCAACGCGCAAUGUUCGGCAACGACCACACCCCGGCCGACCUCCUGCGGUCAGUGCGGGUAACAGCCGCGCUCUCUCUCACACAUACCACCCCUCCGUACACAGCGUGCCUACCCCUAGGCAAGCCUCAAAUGCUCUUGGGCGAAGCAGCGGUGGGUGAGAAGAAACAUAGAGGCUGCGGUACGCUCGGGAACUCCAUCACGCCCAACAAUUACUUCGAGGAGGUACCCGCUGACAAGGCCGACGACGUCUGGGCCUUGGGCGUGCUGCUGCUGUCCUUGCUGCUGCCGCGGGGCCUCUUCUCGAGCAACUACUUGACGAGCCGUGUCCUCCACACCGCCGCGGAGAAGGAGGCACUCGCACGUUCCACCACGAGCAAGCAGAGACUCAACAUUAAGGUGCGUACCUCAACAUCCGUACUGGUCCAACUGAUGCGGACACCUUCCGUGGUCACAAACUUACUACCCAAAUAUGGUACAUGGGAUGAUAAUUUCGUUCCCCGCCUCGUCCUUUGCCGAUGCCACCGAAUGUGCACGCGUGUGUGCCGCCCUCUUGCUUGUCUCUCCCUCCAGUACCGCAUGUCCUUCCGCACGGCCAACGACACGUCCGAGAACGGCUUCCAGAAGAGGAUGGUCAGGAGCAUGCUCUUCGCGACGCUCGAGCAGACGAUGCGGGACACCGCCUGUGAUUUUCUGCGGCGCAUGGUCGACCCCGACGCCAGCAAGCGGCCGGACAUCGGCGAGGUGCGGGCGUGGCUGCCGUCCAUCGUCCUGUCCGCGGAAAGGCAGACGGCGGUCAUGGCGGCGGCCGCUCUGGUGCCGACAACGCCCUCUCCCCCGCCUCGGUUGCCGCUGUCGAGAGGGGGCUCCGUGUCUACGAUUUCGUUUUCGUCCUCUGGCGGUAGCUCGGAGUCUUCUUCGUCGUCUGCGGCGAGAACAUCAGACUCUGCUUCUUCGCCUUCGGCAGGGUCGACGCCAUCGGCUGGGGGCUCCGUAGAAUCGUUUUCGUGUGCGCCCUCUCGCGGUAGCUCGGGGGGGCUCGCCGUUCUCUUGGAGGACGAGGACGGCAUGGCGAUGAGUGGGGCACAAGAGAACGCUAUCCCGGACCCUCAUGCUGCGGCCACCACCGCCAUCACCACCACCACCACUGCCACCUCUGCCAUCACUCCCUCGAUGGCCGCCAGCACUAGUGCAGAGGCCGCGGGCGGCGACAACUCGACCCCGGACUCUUGGAUGCCUUCGCACGACGGGUCUUCUCUCGCCGUGGGUGCCGGUGCGGCUUCGAGCGUGCAGGAUGGCGUGGCGCACAGCUCCGGUUCGGAGGACGCCUGGUCCACAGGCAUCAGCAGCGUCUCCGGCAUCGAUGUUGCCGUCGGAAUCAACUCAGGCGCCGACAUCUCCCAGCAGCAGGUCGAAUUGUCUUCAAACGCGGGCUCUGUUCGGUUUUUCUCCAGGGCAGGUGCGGCGGGCGCGAGCGAUGGGCUGCUGCUGCCGCUGCUCAGCGGGGGCGGGUGCGGCACCGGCGGGAGUCGGCAGGCCCGAGGCGAAGAUGGAGAGGCGACGGUGGAUGCCGAGGGUUGGUCCGAGCCCGUGGUGACCGGGUGCGCGAGCGUGGAAGACGUCGACGACAAUGGCAACGCGGACGCCUGCGCCUCGAGCGCGGUCGACGUGACGUUGACUCUGACCCCGGCAGUUCCCGCGAUGGUGUCGGAAGAGGGACCAACUGGUGGUGGUACCUUUGGCGAGCACUGGGCAGUCGGUGGGGGGCGGGAGUGCCUCGACAGCGGCGAGUGGGGAGAGGCGGCCGCGGUGGCGACGGGGCCGCGGCAACGGCGCCGUCUGAGUACGUUCUUCAAUCUAACCACGGAGGGCCCUCCCGCCGCCGCCACUGCUGGUGGUGGUGCUGUGGGUGCAUCGCCGACGAUGACUGUUCCUCCCCCCUUCGUGCCAGAGAGUUUCGCGUUCGAGGGUACGGGUACGGCAGGGGGACAAGAGCCGUGGGCGACUGACCUGGGGAUGGCUGCUGCUGGAGCGGGUGGAUAG